AAAAUGACAACUGCGAUUAUUUUGCUCGCUUUUUCACUACUAAUAUUCAGAGUUGAUGCCAAAUUCAACCCGAUUGCUUUCACUGUUGCUCAGGACUCACUGAAAUUUACUAUUGCUCAGGUUAUUCCAUACUCAACGACCAUAACUAUCCACAAUCCAGCUACAAACAUAACGAAAGGUGUGUUCAGAUGUACGAAAAACGGUAUCUACGAAUUUCAAGUGUACGCCGAGAGCCACUCUAAUGACCGUCUCUUUCUUGAAAUAUACCAAAACAAUUCUCUAGCUGCAACUCUUUACGGUCACACAACAGCAGACUACGCGACUGCCGGAAAUGCUGUUAUCCUUAAGUUGAAAGUGGAUGAUACGGUCAUGAUCAAAUCAAAAGGGGCAUACCCAGUAUAUUUGUACAAUCCUGGAACCAAUGAAAAUACAUUUACCGGAGUUGAAAUGGGAUCACAGUACUCAAGUAAUGACAAAAGACAACUAGUUGCAUUUUCCGUGGUUUCCAACCACCACCAGAAUGUAGCGGGAGGGGCAUCGGUGCAGUACAACACGAACCUGCUUGAUGAUGACGGAUCAUUUAAUCUUUCUACUGGACUGUUCCAUGUACCUAGCAGUGGCUACUAUGUUUUCCAUUUCUUCAGUGCGUUGAAUGGCAGUAUUGCGCGGCAAAAUGAGGAACUGUGGCAGGACCUUGUGCAUAAUGGAAACUAUGUCUGCUCUAUCUACGCGUUUACCGACUAUGACUGGGCUGACGCUGGGAACACGGUCAUCUUGCAUUUAAUGGAAGGCGAUACCAUGACCGUCAGGGCACACCCUACAUUACAAAACAACUUGUAUGGGUCUCAGGAUCAUAUAUUCACCUCAUUCUCGGGUGUUCAGAUAAUCAGCGACUCCGAUAUUGCGAUGCCAGGUACUCAAGAUACAGACCCAGUGGUUAUUUUCUCGGUUGGCUUGACGUCGAAUGCGACAGGGAUUUCUAAUGGUGAAACAAUAAAAUUUGACAAGAUAUUUGUCGACAACAAGAAUACAUAUAGCAGAGUUACUGGACAGUUUGUUGCCCACGUUACUGGUCUCUACGAGUUCUACUACCAUUGUCUUUCUGCAAAAGGCACAUACCUGUCUAUUCAAUUAAGGCAUAAUGGAAGAACGGUCAUCAACGGUGCCCAUGCUCACAACAAAGGCCAUCGAGCGUCCUCGGGGAACUCCGCUGUAAUGGAGUUAAGUGGUGGAGAAACGAUGGAUGUAUCUGGGACACCCUCUUCUGGAUAUAAUUACUUGAUUGGUGGAGCCAAUGAAACAUUCUGUACUUUUUCUGGGCAUUUGCUGUAUGCUUACGGACCAGGUGCCAUUAUUGGUUAAAAUAAACGAUUUCCA